AUGUCAGUCAUCACGUGUGUCUCCAUCGAGAACACCAGGCUCGUCUGGGAUGAGACCACCAAGGUGCUCGACAACGUGUUCCAGAACGUGUGGGGUGACAGGGACGCCGUCAAGCUCGACAACAUCAUGGACCUCACCGUGCCAGUCACACUCCUGGUCAUCGGUAUUGCAGGAUUUGGGCGCCGGAUGUCCUGGAGCGAGAACCAAGAUGUCCUCCUCGGACAUUCAUUGACUUUCAAGGAUAUGGGCUUUUGUGUAGACGUGAGCCUGACGCUGCCCGCGCAGGACACGAUGUACAAAGUCUCGCACCACCUUGUCCUGAAGGUCCUGUUCCCGGGUGGGGCACUCCCGUCAUGCUGCGCUUCGCGACCGCGCAUGACGAGCUCAUGUCGAGUCGGCGUCGGCUCACUUCAGGCGUACUUGCACGAGAUGGUGACCACGCGGCAGGCCAAGGAGGAGCGCUUCGACCUGAUGAGCAACCUGCUCGACGCGAAUGAGGACGGGACGGACAGCAUGGCGAAGCUGUUGGAUAGCGCGCUGACUGAGAACGUCUUCCUCUUCUCGGUGGCUGGGUAUGAGCAAGACGAGCAGGAAGUGUUCUGCCAGAACUGCCAGUCCGUCCUCCCUGCAAACCGGGUGCAGACAUACGAGGACUUCAUUCGUACUCCCUCGCGUGCAUCUCCCCUGUCAUCCAUCCCCUCCUACCUACUAAUGUAA